GCUCCACCCACUGUUUGAAGCUUCUGCCCCAGCUUGCAUUGUUUGUAGCAGAACCUGCGUCAUACCUUUAUCUGUAGCCUUCCCUUAGGUCUUAAGGAUCCCGAAACUUGACUGGAUAUUGGAUUUGGUGGAACAGCAAUCAUGACGGUAGGAAAGAGCAGCAAGAUGCUGCAGCACAUCGACUACAGGAUGCGGUGCAUCCUGCAGGACGGCCGGAUCUUCAUUGGCACCUUCAAGGCCUUUGACAAGCAUAUGAACUUGAUCCUCUGCGAUUGUGAUGAGUUCAGGAAGAUCAAGCCAAAGAAUGCAAAGCAGCCGGAGCGCGAAGAGAAGCGAGUUUUGGGUCUGGUGUUGCUGCGUGGGGAGAACUUGGUUUCCAUGACUGUGGAGGGACCUCCCCCCAAAGAUACUGGCAUUGCUCGUGUACCACUUGCGGGAGCUGCAGGAGGCCCUGGGGUUGGCAGGGCUGCUGGCAGAGGAGUACCCGCUAAUGUUCCAAUUCCACAGGCUCCUGCAGGAUUAGCAGGCCCUGUCCGAGGGGUUGGGGGACCCUCCCAGCAGGUAAUGACUCCACAGGGACGAGGCACUGUGGCAGCAGCCGCUGUUGCGGCCACUGCAAGCAUUGCUGGAGCCCCAACUCAGUACCCACCAGGUCGGGGGACUCCCCCCACACCUGUGGGCCGGGCAACCCCCCCUCCAGGCAUUAUGGCUCCUCCACCUGGUAUGAGACCACCCAUGGGCCCACCAAUUGGGCUUCCGCCUGCUCGAGGGACACCCAUAGGCAUGCCUCCUCCAGGAAUGAGACCCCCUCCACCCGGGAUUCGGGGUCCACCUCCCCCGGGAAUGCGUCCACCAAGACCAUAGGAUGCUAUUGUGCUUUGCCACUUUUUUCCUGCAACACGUCUUGUGAAACUGUAGACUGUAGAAUGUUUGUGAGCCUCUGUUCCCUCUUCGCUGCGUUAAUAUUCACUAAUAAAUGAUAGAGUAAUUAAA